AUGGGAAGCCAAAAAAAGAAUUUGUCAUGUUUUCUCCCACUUUUGGCCCUUGCAGUUGUGCUAAGCUUAUGUCUAGGUUUUGUCGACGCUGCGACGUCGCUGCAAAAGCCGGUGAAGUUGCAAUGGCAUUAUUACAAACACCAUAAUACUUGUAAGAACGCAGAGACUUUUGUGCAGCACCAAGUGAACCAAUCAUGGAGUAACGAUAAGAGCAUCGCUGCUAAGCUCCUCCGGCUGGCUUCGAUGGAUUGCUUAGUUACGGGCUGUGACGCAUCAAUUCUGCUGAUCCAUGGUCCUGACGCGGAAAUAACAGCAAUACAGAAUAGAGGGCUGGGAGGUGUUUUGUUGAUACACAAGAUAAAGACAGUCCUUGAACAACGAUGCCCUGGAGUUGUCUCUUGUGCUGACAUUAUCCAACUUGCCGCCAGGGAUGCAGUUCAUUUGGCAGGUGCACCGUCUUAUCCCGUUUACACUGGAAGAAGGGAUGGUAUGACAUCAAAAGCUUCAUCAGUGGAUAUACCCUCACCAUCUAUUUCAUUGGAAGCAGCAACUGCUUACUUUAAGUCUAAAGGUUUAGAUGUGCUGGACAUGGUAACAUUACUUGGGGCACACACAAUGGGAAGAACACAUUGUCGGAACAUCGAAGACCGGCUAUACAAUUACAGUGGUACCGGAAAACCAGACCCAACAAUGGAUCCAUACUUGAGCGAGGAAAUGAAGAAGAAAUGUCCAGAGAGAGUAAAGAAGGGCCAAGGUGACCCACUUGUGUAUCUAAACCCAGAAUCUGGCGCCCAUUACAAUUUCACGGAAUCCUACUACAGAAGAAUAUCAAACAAUUCAGCUGUUCUUGGAAUUGAUCAGCAGUUACUCUAUGGAAAUGACACGAAGGAAAUUACCAAAGAGUUUGCCUCUGGUUUUGAAGAUUUCCGAAAGUCAUGGGCUCUCUCGAUGAGCCGAAUGGGAAGUAUAAACGUUUUGACUGGAAAUCAAGGGGAGAUACGUCUGAAUUGUUCCUUUACAAAUAAGGAUAACCCUUAUCUUAAGUAG